CAAAUUUUGACUUGUUAAAAAGCAAAAUAAAAAAAUCAUGUAAAAAAAUAAACGAAGAAAUAACGGUGCGAUAAAAAAUAUAAACAGUUCAUUUUUUUUUUGAUACAGGACAAUAAAACUAUAACAAAAAUUACUAUCCAGUAAAUGUCAGCAGUGAAUAAUUUAAUAUUAAAAUCAACUGACUGCGAAGCAGUGAAUUCCGGAUUAACUAUUAGCAAAGUCUGUUCAUUAAAAGAAUCAGAAAUAAAAAAACAGAUAAAACCAUCAAUCGUUAAUAAUGGAACCAAGUUGAAUGAUUCCCAAUCUGAAAAUAUUUAUUUAGAAUCAAUAGAAACAAGUUCAUUACCAGACAAAACAAUAAAGAAGGAAUCUUCAAAAGAUUCAAGCAUCCAUUUACAAGACCAGAAUAAAGAAUAUACCAACGAUGUUCAAAAAGUUUUAGAACAAGAACAAGAAUUACAGAAACAAUUAUAUUCAGGAGCGAAUGUAGCAAAUAGUUGGUUUCGAGUUAAUCACGUUAAUAAAGUUAUUUACAUCAGUCCUUCUGGAAUUGGCCUUUCAAGUUUAAAACAGGUUAAAGAUUAUCUUCUGACUCGAGGUACAUGUAAAUGUGGCUUGCCAUUUCCAUUACGUAUAGAGCUUUUCUUCAAUUUUGAUCUAAAUGUUCCAAAUGUUCCAUUAAAAGCACCAAUAAAAGGUUUAAAAUGUGAUCCAAAUUGUCUGCAUAAAAAAAAUUUAUUGACAUCGAGUCACGGAGGAAAUAAUCAAGUAAUUGAAGCGAGCUAUCAGCAUCCACAGAAAAAAGUAAAUUUAAAGAAACACAAGAAAACGAAAGAAUGUCUUUUGCCAUCAUAUAUUACUUCAGUAAAUAAGAAAAUUACCCAAAGAUCCACAUGUAACAAUAGCGAAAGUGCGUUAAUGAUUGGUAAUAAUAAUAAUAAAGCACUUGCAGCUAAUAAUAUUCAACAGCUGGUAAUGCAAUCUAAAAGUCAGCAAACUCAAUUUUUACAACAACAAAUCGAUCCUCAAAACAUGUCAAAUUUGGUUAAUGUAAGAAUAGUUCAAGAAGAAAAUGACCAAUCUGGAAAUUCAAAACUACCACCUUGGCGGAAAAAUGUCAUGCAAACUCAAUUCGGAAAUAACGGUAAACUUACGCCAACAUCAAUUAUUUCAUCGUCAACAGUGCAUGGUGGCAUUCCAAUUUUUCAAUUUAAUGGUCAAAUGAUUGCAAUUGAUCAGCAGGGUCAACAAUUUAGUAAUCAACCGCAAAAAAUUCAAAUUUUUGAGCAGAAAUCUGCUGAUGGUGAAAAGAUGAUUAUUAGAAGAAGACCACCAACAUUUAAAGAAGAUCCAACUGCAUAUUUAAACCAGCAAACAGCAUUAUUACACAACACUAUAACAACAUUACACAGUCCUGAUGUAACGACUUCAAUGGUCUCGCCGACAAUUCAAGAAAAUUCUACAGAUUUUCAGCAACGUACGCAACGUCAAAUAGUACAACAAAUUAUUAAGACACCAAAUAUAUCAAGUGCUCAAACAUUGACACAAAAUAUGAGCUUGUCAAAUGCAAUAGUUCAGAUACAAAACUGUGAUAUGAAACAACAACAGCAACAAAAUAAAGUAUCAACUUUGCAUGUCCAAAUGCAAAAAGAUCAACAAAAUUUCAAAACAAAUCCAAAAGGACGACCUCCAAAACAUUCAAGGCGCAUCGUUUCGGUUCCACAAGAGUCUCCUGUAUCGUCUAGCACUACAAAUAGCAUAGUUAAAAUAGCAAAGUCAAGCACACCUGAUAUUACAUCAUCGUCAGCAGAAGCAAUUACUGAGACUGUUGUUCAAUCGACAAAUAAUUAUGAUGGAUCAGAAGUUUUAAAAUACGCUCGAAGUUCUUCGACACAUGAGCUCAUUAGAACAACUCAGGCAGGAAAACCUGCUUGCAACACAACUCAAUCUUCUAGCUCCUCUAUCCGAAAGCCGGCUACAACAAUUACAUCGAUUCAAAAAAAACCACAAACAGUUGUGACACAAAUGAAGACAAAUUUUAAUAGCAUCAACAAUAAUAACAUUAAUAGUAAUAAUAAUAGCAUGAUCAAUCAACUGACCAGUAAUUCAAAUCAGCAAGUUUUGAUAACAUCAAAUGGUCAACAAUUUAUUGUUAUGCCAUCCUCUAAUCUUCAAACACAGCAACAAAAUAUUGUUUUAAACAAUAAUUCAAUUGUUCAGUUUCAAAAUUCAAAUCCUAAUCAUCAACGUUUGAUACAAACAACAGGACAAGGACAAAACGGAAAUAUCAUUUUUCAAACUAAUAACGGAAACUUAUUAGCAACAUCUCAAACAAAUCCUAAUAACUUCAUUGUGAAUGGGCAGCCAUUAAUUUUUCAAAAUAGUCAAAUUAUUCAAAGUAAUUCUAAUAUGAUGUCAUCUCCAAAAAAUAAUAUUUUAUUAACUGGAGGUGGAGGAGCAACAUCUUCCCCAAAAACUUUAUUCGGUGGAAAUAGUCAUUUGGCUUUAGGACAACAAGCUGUACUCGUGCAAAAUAGUUUAGUUCCACAAUCAACAUUGGUAAAUGAUACUACAUAUUUACAAAAUAUUGCACAGCAGCAAAAAUUAAUAUUAAAUCCCGAUAAGAAAAAAGGGCGAAAGAGAAAAAAUCCUUUGUCAGAUCCUUCGGCACAACAACAGCCAACUCAACAACCAAAUUUAAUACAAAUUCCAACAACAGCAACUUCACAAAGUUUUCAUAUUUCUUCACCAAAUAUAUUUGUACAAAAUAAGUUUUCCCAGCCAUCAACAGCAACAACUGGUCAACAAAUUAUACUUCAGAAUGGGCAAACAAUCAUUCAGCAGCCUAUGAGCUUUAUUGGAAGUCAACAAAUAAUUCCUUCCCAACUAAUGGCUCUAUCAUCAGAUGGAAACUCUUUUGUACAAAUACAAAACCCUUCAUACAAUAAUAUAAUCGCGGCACCACAAAACAUGAUUAGAACUGCUCCUCAACAUCAACAAUUACAGCCAGUUCAAAAAACCAUUAUUUCAAACAAUGGACAGCAGUAUAUUGUUCAAAGUGGAGGGCAGGUUAAUUUGAUGAAUCAAUUACCAUUUAACUCAAUGGGAUUUGUAGUACAAUCAGCAGCUCAUCAUCAAAAUCAGCAACAACAGCAAAUCAUAAAUCCAAUUGUAAUACAAUCUCAGGGUCAGCAAGUAAUGACACAACCUCAGAUUCUUACACAUCCCCAAGGACAUAUUACAACUCAGUUACCCUCUCAGCAAUCACAAUUUCUAAAUCAAAACGACUAUAAUAGUAAAAUUCAACGGAAAAUAAUGUUGCAGCAUAAGACUCAACAACAGAACUCAUUCUUUCCACAAAUCAUAAAUAAAGCUUCACGAACAACAGGAAUGGCACUACAAUAUGCUUCUGCAUCAAAAAAUGCAAACCCAUUGCUCGUUCAAAACGUCAUUGAAGAGCAUGAUGAUGAUUUAGAAGAAAAUCAUGAAUUAGUUGAACAAGAUGAAGAACUAGAAUGUGAAGAAGAAACAGAUGAUCAGAUGUCAUUUGAAGAAAAGCCUGACAUGAUUGAGGAAUUACAUCAUGGUACAUCUCAACAAAUAUUUCAUAGUAGUUCAAUGAUAGAUGGUCAAUGCGGAAUAAUGAAUAUUGAUGAUAUAACAAUUGAAAUGGAUGAGAUAAAUGAUCUCAAUGAAUAUUUAAAUGCCAUUGAUGAAGAAGAUAAUAAAAUUUCACAAAUGGGAUUAUCAUCAUUACAGCAUUUCGCUAAUUCUCCACCAGAUACAACAACACAUAGUCCACGUAGUCCUGCUGACAUAAUAACAAAUAUUCAUCAUGUUCUUGUUAGUGAAAGUGAUAAAAGUAAUGGAUCAAGUGAGAACAAUAAUAUGGUUUCAAGUUCAGAACUAGAUUUAAAUGUGGUAUCGCCCGAGUGUCAUCAAAUUAACGAUUCGUCAUUGUCUCAUCAUCAUCAUCAUUUUCAUCCAAGCACAUCACAGCCAGUUUUUAAAUUGCCUUUAGAGCCUAGAUCAACAAAUAUCAGAUCCCCACCUUUAUAUAGUAUGGCAAAUACAACAUAUUUUUUUGAUAAUAACAGUCAGAGUCCAUUACGUCCUGAUUCCCACGAAUCAUCAACGUCUGAGCAUCAGCGUCAAGCGAACAGCCACAAUCAAAACAAAAACUCUAAUCGUAAAUCUUAUCUUCCUUCAUUGACUAAGGCUUUAAAUGAUCAAAACUGUAUUAUUUAUGAAAAAAGUGAUUUUGAUUUGUUAAAAGAAUCUCCAAUCCUUAAUAAUAUAAAGCUUAUUGUUGGGGAGGACAAAAUGAUAAAUUCUGAUGAUCCACCUUGCUCUAUAUCAGCAGUUUUAUCAAAUGAAUCGAUAAAAAGUAGCAUUGAAGAAAUAACUCUAAGCAUUAAAGAUGGUGUAAAUGAGUCUGAAAAUGAACUUUUAAAAAAAAAUAAUGAAAAUGACAAUAUUGUCGAAGAUGUAGUAAAAUCAAAGUUUAAGGUUGGUGAUUUGAUAUGGGGCGUUGUACGUGGAUGUGAUGCUUGGCCUGGAAAAAUUGUAAAUGGACCUGAUAACGAGCCAAUAUCUAGUAACUGUGUCUGGGUGAAAUGGUUUAUUGCAAAUGGUCGUCAAAGUACUGAAAUGGUACAAUGCAGUACAUUAAAAAGUUUAUCUGAUGGUCUUGAAGCACAUCAUAUGGCACGAAAGGAAACAAGAAAGAGCAGAAAACUAAACUUACAUUUAGAACGAGCAAUACAAAAAGCUAUGAUAGAACUAGACAAACAGUCAUCAGAAGAAAAUUCAACUAAGAUCGAUAAUAAUAAAUUCCAAAGUGAAAAAGUAUGCAAAUCAAAUAUAAAGAUGAGUAAAUCAAACUUGGUAAAAAUUGCUCCAGCGAUUUCAAAACGAAUAUAAAAGUAUUAAAUCUUAUCUGUUUAAACACAAAUAGGAAAAUAUAAUAAAAAUAAAAAAUGAUGAUAAAAAAAAUCGAGUAGUAAAUUAUUAAAGCUUUAAAUUAAAGUUUAUAAAAAAAAUAAUCUAGACAGUGGCAGAUACAUUUUGAUAAUGCUUCGGUGUUUUUAGAUCUAUUUGUAAAAUUUAUCGAUAUUUACGGUAUUUAUAUAAUAAGGUAUAAUUUCAGCAUUCAUAAUCUCAAGUAAAAAAAUCUCAAUCGGCGAAUUUUAAAAGUUGUUAUUUACUAUAAAUUCAGCCAAGUAUCGUUGUUUAAUAUGCAUUUAAAAUUGAAUUUUGUAAUUUUUAAACUAAAGUGUAAACACGGAAGUAUUAUGAAAAGUCCAUAGUUUCAAACUUUAAAAUAUGAAGAAUUACAAAAUAUUUUAUAAAAGUUCUUUUUAUAAUUGACAAUAAAACUAGAAUAAAAUAAUAGAAAAUAAUUAAAAACAUUCACGAUUAUGCAGAAUUUACAUCAUACAAUAAAAUUAUAAAUUUUAUAUUGUUCAUCUUACAUAAAUUGAAUAAAGUCUUCUUGAUAUAUGCGAAAGCCUUGGAAAUUUGGGAUUUUUGUUUGACACCCAAAGUGUUUUUCUGAAAUACUCUACCGAUUUUCUGAAAGAAAUUCAGCAAAACAAAAACAUUUUUUUUGUUUUUUUUUGUUUUUUAAUGCUACUUUAGGAAAAUGUUUCAAAUAUUUUUUUUGAAAUAUAAAUACAAAUAUGUAUGAUUAAAUUCAUGGAUAAUAAUGUAUAUCAGAGUAGAGUGUUCUGGAUUGUAUUCAGUUGACUUUCUGAACAUUUAAACCAACCCAGAGUAACAUAUAAAAACAAAAAAAAAUUAAUAUUUAUACAUUAAAUUUACGUUUAAAACCCUUUUAAUUGAAAUUAAAUACUAUUGUACCUGCAUUUAAUAAGGAAAAAAACAUAAACAAUAAAAACCAUUGUAUGAGUUUAGUUUUUUGAAAUAGAAAUCGAUUAUUGACGAUUAUUUAAAAAAAAAACACUUUCAAGUUGAAUAAAAAGGUUGAAAAACGAAAAAAAAAUAUUGCGUAAUUGUGUUUUAAAAGUAAAGUCAAAAUAAAAUAAUUGGUUUUUAUUGAAAAUGUGUAAAACAAAAACUUUGUAACUGUCAUAAAGAAAUAAACAAUUAAAAAUGUCCAGAUUU